AUGAGAAGAAAUUUCAAAGAGAAAGAGCUUGAAGCUUUGUUGUCUGCAGAGCAUGAUUCUUGCUCGUGUUACAUUGAGGUUCAAGCUGGAGCUGGUGGUACGGAGAGCAUGGACUGGGUGAAAAUGGUGAUGCAGAUGUAUAAACUAUCGGCUCAACGCCAAGGGUUUAAAGUGACAUUGGUCGACGAGAUGCCUGGUGAGAUGGCAGGAAUCAAGCGCGCAACCAUCAGACUAGAUGGUGAAUAUGCAUUUGGCUAUGCAAAAGCAGAAGUAGGGGUCCACAGGCUGGUGCGAAUCUCCCCUUUCGACAGCAGUAAAAGGCGGCACACAUCAUUUGCAGCAGUAGCCGUGAUCCCAAUUCUUGGGGAAGGGUUCACACACGUUCAGACCAACUAA